AUGGAUCCUCUACUCUCAAAGAUAUUUGAUGUUGGACAUGUUCAAAAACAUCCGACACAGUUGGAGAAUGGUCUGCCAAUCGUGCUAAAACAAGUUACCACUCAAAAUGUUACGGUUGCUGCUUCUAUCUCUGGCACCGAGUCAACUCCUAGUGGUCCGAUUCGUACCAAAAAUUCCUCAAGAAGAUUCAAAACUGCUGCUAUGCCAAAUACCAGUCCAAUCAUCACUAGAAGAACAACUAAUAUUGUUGAACAAGAUGCUCUACUAUAUCCUCCAAUUACCAAAUUUGGAGAAUUACCAACCAUUGACCUUUCUACUUGUUCCUUCAAUACCCAACCAGUCUUUAAUUCUUUUGGGAGCUACAAUGUAUCUGCUGAAAAUUCCCCAAGAAACAAUGGUGUCUGCAAUAAUUCUCCUCCCAAUGCUGCUAGUUCUAGUCUCGACUCCUCCCAACUUGCUUCUCAGAGUGGUGAUGGUACCAGUGCCUCUCUUGGUGGUGGAUCUGACUCUACCACUCAGGUAAAUCAACCUCUCCCAUAUAUUUUAAUCGAUACUGCUCAUAAUACCAUAAAUCAUUUCCCUGUCAAUAACAUCAACAUGAUUGCUUGGAACCUUAGGGGUUUUGGUAAAAAAUCUGCUAAUAAGGAGCUUAGUCUACUGUGUAAGAAUGUCAACCCUGAUAUUAUUUUCCUCUCUGAAACUGAAAUGAUCAAAGACAUGGCAGCUAGGAAACUAAAAAAUAUGGGAUUUCCUUGUACCUUUAAUGUUCCAAGUGUUGGGAGAAGUAGUGGUCUUUCUCUUGCUUGGAAGAAGGAAGUACACCUCAACAUUAUAUCAUCCAGUCUGAGGGGCAUCUAUGUUACUACUACUGAUAUAAUCCACUCUAAGACCUGCCAUAUUCAUUUCAUGUAUGGUGAACCUAACAGUAGUCUAAGAAAAGCCUUUUGGGAAUAG